AUGGCCGAUAACAUGUCAAUUAUGAGCAACCAUGUUCCAAUGCAAUCCGCAGUAAGCUCGCAGGCUGGUUCUCCGGUUCUCUCUCCCCGAAAUCGUCCACCCACUAGCUCGUAUCUCAAACGACACAAGAGCGUCAAAUUUGCAUAUUUAUCCGGCGAAACCUCUUUCCAAAAGGGUAUCCUUGGAGAUUCCGAAACUUCUCUGGUCGGUAUCCUCGAAAUUAACUAUUCUCAACCACGCCAUGUAAAAAGUAUCCUCCUCAACCUAAGAGGAGUAGAAAAAACCAUUUGGUACAAGGCUCAGGCGCGCACAAAAUCCAUGCAUCUUGGCGAACAAGUUCUCGUCGAUCAAACGUACAAAAUAUGGGAAGAAUCGGAUGACAAACUUGUCAAAAGUAUAGACGUUCCGUUCAGAGUCAAAUUGCCGUAUAAUCUCCCCGAGUCGGUUACGUCUGAAAUAGGCACGGUAUCAUAUGUGCUCAAAGCUACCAUCACUCGCAAAGGAGGGCUAACAACAAACAAUACGCAAAUCGUCGAAAUAGUCUGCCCCUUGAAACGCACCCUCGUAUUGGAUAACCAGAACAGUCCCCCAUUCAAAUUACGCGGAGAAUCACGCAAUGGUUUGGAUUAUACGUUCGUAUUACCUCCUAACAAACAGCUCAACUUGGGAACAUAUGUGACCGUUCCAAUGAGGAUUAGGUUCCUGAAACCGGGAAUCAGCGUGGAAAGAGUAGAGAUUGUCUUAAAGACAUGCAUGGACUUUCGCUGCAGUAAUCCAAGCGAAACCCGUCAUUGUAAAGAACAAGCGGCCGCACUGGUAAUUCCCAGACAAGAAAUGCAUUAUCUUCAGCCGGUAUCCAAUCAAUACGAAGGCGAAUGCGUCCACACCAUCAACCUGUUCAUUCCGAGGAGCGUUCAACCUACAUAUUCCGGACGAUUCAUUUCGAUCACCCACCAACUGUGCAUCAAGUUUUGCUUGUGGGGUGCGGAUUCAGACGUCAGCGUCGAAGAGAGCGUUCGAGUGGCGAAUAUUGUGGAGAAACACCGGACAGAUAUUCCACAGUCGGCUCAACCGCCGCCAUUACCAAAGUCGCCCCGCAUUCCCGCUCAAGCGCAUUCUCAAAUGGUAUCGCAAGCGUUGAUGUAUCAGAGUCCGCGAACCUAUCUCAACGUUGGCGGUGUGAACAGCGUCGUUGGUAUGAACAAUGUUCCGGGCGUGAACAACCAUCAGUAUUCUUAUGUCGAGCAACAAUCGGUCGUGGAUAGCGAUGAAUUCCAUAAUAAGCCGGAAAGGUAUUUUUCCGUAUAUAGUGAUCAAGAUUCACCGAGGUCCCGUAGGCCAUCUGCUGUUUCGAAUGAGACGUCGUCCCCACCGCCGCCGUUCCCAUAUGACGGGCUUGUUGCUGCACCAAAGGCACCUACAGUACCCCCACCGAUGCCACCACAAAUGAAAGUACCGCAUUCGCCCAGGGUUGGUCCUAGAAAUGUUCCUAGGUCUGGUACACCUCUGCCAAAGCACGCACCUUCCUUGCCAUCAUAUAUGACCACAUUUUCGCCUCCGCCUUACCAGCAGCCUCCUCCACCGGGUCAUCAUUAUAUGGACGAAGUGUCAUAUGUUUAUGACUUUACUGAAUAG